GUAGGCGAGGCUGCGUGGCUCCUCACCUAUUCAUAUCGCGGCGUCGUCAUUCCCCACGCCGCACGCCGCUCGCCGCUCGCCGCCCGCGUCGUCGUCUUCCUCACUUCCACCCUCUCCCGUUCCUCCGUCAAUAGCGAUACGGGAGAAGGGUACGAUUUUUUUGGUUCUAGGGUUUCGCUUUCGAUGGCUUCCCAGGUUAUGAUCGCCCUCGCGCUCUCCCUUGUCGGCGGGUUCAGCACUUCGAUUGGUGGGCUUUUUGUCGUUUUAAACCAUACGCCCGAUCUCAAGAUGCUCGGUAUUUUGCAGGGUUUUGCUGCUGGACUUAUGUUGAGCAUAUCCUUCUUUGACUUGGCGCAUAAUGCUUUGAACACUCUUGGCUUCCUUAAAGGCAACGUUUGGUUCUUUGUUGGAGCACUAUUUUUCGCCUCGAUUGUAAAUUUUAUUCCAGAACCAUCAUUUGUUUCAAGAAAUGAAGAGACAGAAGAUGAUGGAUCAACCAAGGAUAUGAACAGGAAACACCAACACCAAAUCUUAUUUAGUGGGAUAAUCACUGCAGUUGGCAUCAGCUUGCAUAAUUUUCCCGAGGGGAUGGCGGUCUUUCUUGGAUCAAUGAAGGGACUUCGUGUCGGCAUCAACUUGGCAUUGGCUAUUGCUUUACAUAAUAUUCCGGAGGGUGUUGCGGUAGCCCUUCCUGUAUAUUUUGCUACACAAAGCAAAUGGCAGGCAUUCAAAUUGGCAACACUUUCUGGGUUUGCUGAGCCACUAGGUGUCAUAUUUGUGGCUUACCUGUUCCCAAGCAGUCUAAGUCCUGAGAUUCUUGAAGGCUUACUUGGAUCAGUUGGUGGAGUUAUGGCUUUUCUGACACUGCACGAAAUGCUGCCUCUAGCAUUUGAAUAUGCAGGCCAUAAACAAGCAGUCCAAGCUGUGUUUGUUGGCAUGGCUUUGAUGUCUGCAAGCUUGUAUUUCUUAGAAAUUAGCCUGCCGGAAGAGAUGAGUAUGUAGCUCCAGUGAUUGUAUAUUUGCACAUCCCGGACAGGUUCUCCCUCUUGUUUCUAUCUUGUAUUAGUUUGAAUCUUCACAAAGUAUGGACAUCAUCAGUAUCAUCGACUAGUUCCAUGAGAAUAAACUUGUGCAUUUGCACGCAUCAAUUAUCAUGCUUGUUCUCAA